UUUGUUCCUUGCGGCAAAAUCCAUAAAGGAUCUGAAAAAGGACAAAUAACACUAAUUAAUGUGUAAACCUAUAAAAUUUAUUGCAAUAGCUCUUGAAAACCAAACGGCUUCGAAGUCCACCCUGAAUCUACUCUCUCCUCAUAUUUUAAUAUAGUAAACCCCUUUACAAGCUCAUCGUUUCCUGCUUCUGUCUUCUGGUAGGUUCAAUUGUUAACAGUGCAAAGCUUUGUGAUUCAUGACAUUUGAACCGACGCUGCAACAAUGGAGGUUGAGAAUUUCUCAAAAGAAUGGGUUAGACCUUCUUCACCUACGCCUUCUUUCCUCAGAACCUAUAAGAUCUCUCUUUUGGAUCAAUUUAUUCCAUCAAUAUGCAUUCCCCUCAUCCUUUACUACCCUUGUCCCACCCAAGACACAGACAUCGCCCUUAAGAGAUCAUUAUUGUUGAAACAAUCCUUAUCAGAAACCUUAGCAUAUUUUUACCCAUUUGCUGGGAAGGUUAAGGAUAAUUUCUCCAUUGAUUGUGAUGAUGAAGGAGUUUACUAUGUAGAAGCCAGAGCUAACAUUUCUCUAUUUGAAUAUCUCAAGCAACCUGAUCUCCCAUCAAUGAAUAAAUUGAUACCAGUAGAGGCCAGUCUGCAAGAAUCAACUCCUGGAUCUCACGUUGCUAUGAUACAAGAAACCACCUUUGCAUGUGGUGGCUUCACCAUUGGUGUUCUUGUAUCGCACAUCGUCUCUGAUGGAACCACUUUGUCUUCGUUUCUUAAAGCGUGGGCUGCCAUUGCAUGCAAGUCUAGUAAUGAAAUUGUUUGCCCCAAUUUUGAUGGACCAUCUAUUUUUCUGCAACAUGAUGCAUUCCCGAAAGAAGUAAGCAUGAUAGCUUUCACUGGCCCUUUUUUCAGAAAAAUGAAGGGUUCCACAAGGAGGAUUUUGUUUGAUGGAUCAAGCAUUGCGAGCCUUCAAAUGAAAGCAACCAGCUUGAAUGUCAAAAAUCCUACCCGAGUUGAGGUGGUGACUGCAUUUCUCAGCAAAUGCCUCAUGGGUAUUUUUAAUAAGCCACUUGCAAUUACCCACGCUGUGAAUUUGCGACGAAGAGCUGUGCCACCGUUCCCAGAAUUUUCAAUUGGGAACUUCCUUUGGUUGGCUGCUGCACUUUUCACACUCAAGGAAAUAGAAACAGAAAUAGAAUUGUCUAGCAUAGUGCAACAGAUGAGGGAAGCAAUAGGGAAAAUCAAUGAUGAUACAGUGAAGAAAUUACAAGGUGAUGGAGGAUUCCAUGAGCUUUGUGGGAUGGUAAAAGAGGCAAGCGGUGAGCUUGCAAGGGCAGGUUUCAUUAGCGGAGCUGAGUAUGUUUCGUUUACUAGUUGGUGUAAUUUUGGUCUGUACGAGGUGGAUUUUGGAUGGGGUAAGCCUGUGUGGACUACCUCUGUUGGUUCAAAUAAUUCAGAAAUUAUGUUCGUAAAUUCAGUGGUUCUCAUGGAUGCAAGAAAGGAUAAAGGGAUAGAAGCAUGGAUGUUCUUGGAUGAAGCUGAUAUACUCAGAUUGGAGAAGGAUGAAGAGCUUCUUCAGUAUGCUUUUAUUGACCCAUGUCCUUUAUCCUAAAACAUACCAGAGGAACCAGAGAGAACAGCAGUGAGUACUGCUCCAGAGGUAAACCUGCAGAGUCA